AUGCCCGCGGAGCUGCCGCCGCCGCCGCCCCGGGGGCCGCGGAGCCUCGCGGUGCCGCUGCUGCUGCUGCUGCUGCUGGGGGGGGGCGCCCGCCCCGCGGCGGCUCAGCGCUGGCGCAAUGAGAACUAUGAGAGGCCGGUGGACCUGGAGGGCUCCGGGGACGACGACCCCUUUGGGGACGACGAACUGGACGAUGUCUACUCAGGCUCUGGCUCAGGCUACUUCGAGCAGGAGUCGGGGCUGGAGACGGCCGUCAGCCUCACCACGGACACGUCCAUCACGCUCCCCACCACGGCAGCUGCGUUGCCCGUCACUGCGGUGCAACCCGUGGCAACUCCCUUUGAAACAUCCCCCACCGAGGACACCAUCCCCGAGCAGACCACCGGCGCCUCGUAUAUCCCCAGGGUGACAGAGGCACCAGUGAUACCCAGCUGGAAGGCCACCACCACCAGUACCACAGCCAGCGAGGCCCCCAGCACGACCACCACCACCACCACUACAGCUGCCACCACCACCACCACGGCCACCACCACCACCAGCACCACCACCGUGGCCACUGCCAAGCCCACCACCGUCCGGAGGUUCCUGCCCCCCUUUGUCACCAAGGCAGCAACCACGCGGGCCACCACCCUGGAGAUGCCCACCGCGUCCAUCCUUCAAACCAGCACGCCGACGGAGGUGGCCACGUCACAGCUUGUCCCCUCCAGCACGGCCAAGCCUAGGUCCCUGCCAAAACCAAGCACCUCCAGGACUGCAGACCUCACGGAAAAAAGCACUGCCUUGCCUUCCAGCCCCACCACGCUGCCACCCACAGAAGCCCCCCAGGUGGAGCCAGGGGAGGUGUCGACGGUCCUCGACAGCGACCUGGAAGUCCCAGUCAGCAGUGGCCCCAGCGGGGACUUCGAGAUCCGGGAGGAGGAGGAGACAGCUCGUCCCGAGCUGGGCAACGAGGUGGUGGCCGUGGUGACACCGCCAUCGGCACCGGGGCAGGGCAGGAACGCGGAGCCGGGGCUCAUCGACAACACGAUAGAGUCGGGCAGCUCGGCUGCUCAGCUCCCUCAGAAGAACAUCCUGGAGAGGAAGGAGGUGUUGAUAGCGGUGAUUGUGGGCGGCGUGGUGGGAGCCCUCUUUGCUGCCUUCCUCGUCAUGCUGCUCAUCUACCGGAUGAAGAAAAAGGAUGAAGGCAGCUACACGCUGGAGGAACCCAAGCAAGCCAAUGUCACCUACCAGAAGCCGGACAAGCAGGAGGAGUUUUUACGCGUAGGACAAGAGCCCGGAAUUACCUUGCUCCCCGCUUCUGUUUGACAAGAGGAUGCGACUCUCAGAUACGCUUCAAACCUUGAAAAAAGCACAAGGGGCCGGAAUACCUGCAGCCCCGGGCUUUGCUCUUGGAGUGGGGGAAGACAAAAUGAACACCACCAUGGCCAGUACAGGGGGAGCGAUGGAGCCAGUUUGCCUCUUCGAGCACCAAGAAGCCACCUUUGGGUGCCUCAUGCGGUGCUGCCCCGGCCACCACCACCCUCCUCAGCUGCACCGAGCAUGGCCGGAGACCCGAUGGCUCCAUGGUGUCGGUGGUGGAGGGGUGGCUGGAGAAGGGACCGUGCUUUUGGGUGGCUGGAGAAGGGACCAUGCUUU